UUGCAGAUAUUUAUUCAGGAACAGCACAGAAAGCCCAUAAACUUUUGGGUUCUUUUCUCAGUACAUAUUAAGCACAUUGUCAGGUGGGGUGCCUCCUUGUUUGUGCAAAUAUUCCCAAAACUUGACAAGAACUGUGUGGUCUGAAUUCAGAAUCAAUGGAAGGUGCACGUGUUCCUCUGAAGGGUUGGCAACAAGCUGCAGUUGCUCUGGGUUCAGCGAUAGGUGCACUGAUGGAUCCCAGAAGAGCAGACUUGAUAGCUGCAUUAGGUGAGACCACUGGAAAGCCAGCCUUUUAUCGGGUGCUUGAGCGAAUGAGGAAUAGCAGUGAAGGCAGAGAAGUUCUUUUAGAGCGGCCACGAGUUAUAACUUCGCAAGUAUCACAUGCUUGGGACAUGCCUGAAAACACAUUUGGCUCAGCUUAUGCAAAAUUCAUGGGAUCUAGGAACUUCUCUCCCGACGAUCGUCCCCCAGUUCGCUUCAUGGAUACAGAGGAACUGGCUUACGUGGCCACGCGUGCUCGUGAGGUGCACGACUUUUGGCACGUGCUAUUCAGGCUCCCGACCAACCUGAUUGGGGAAUCUGCCCUUAAGGUGAUCGAAUUUGAGCAAAUGCUUCUUCCCAUGUGUGCCAUGUCAGUUGUUGGAGGUUCAGCAAGGUUUAGCGAAAAGCAAAGGACUCUCUUCUUCCGACAUUAUUUCCCUUGGGCCAUGAGGGCGGGCAUAGCUUCCACUGAUCUGAUGUGCAUCUACUAUGAGAAACAUUUUCAUGAAAACCUUGAGGAUGUUCGGAAGAGAUGGGGCAUAACCCCUUGCCCAAAUCCGGAAGCCUAAAAGAAAACGAGAAGUGUGGUAAGUAUCAAACAAACUAAAUUGCUGCCUUCCAAUUUCUUUCUAUCUAAUCCUUUGGUUUACUUUCGCUUCUAGUUGGUUACUGGAAAUCCAAACUAUUUAUCAUUUUGUUGGUACCUACGUGGCAUUUUUCAUUCCUUAUGAGAAAAAUUAUGAACUUAAUAACGUGAGUAUAUUAAUCAAUGGCAGUAGGAUAUAUGGCAACGCUAGGGAUCUCCCUUGAUUAUUGCUUAAGCAUAAAAUUUAAGGGGAGAGAUAAUGAUGACUGUUUUAUUCUGUGUGCUAAUCACCACUCACUGCUUUACAUGCAUAUCUAUCUGCACAAACACAAAUGUAGUAAUUAAGAGUUUAUAAUGGGACCAGAAUAACCUGCUCCCAACAUGUUUUGCAAUAUUGUGGCUGACUUGGAUCUCGCUCGGUGGCAUAAAAUGUCUAUGUUAUCGUUAGUAGUUAGGGGGUAAACGAGUUGAGCUGGUCUAGUUUAGUUGUCUUCAAACUUCUUUAUUUAAUUUUAUUGAGCUUGUUCAAGUUUAUUUAUUAAAAUCAUGUCGAGCUUAGCUCGAGCCUUUUAUUAUGUUCAACUAGUUGCGUUAUUAUCCUUAUAAAUUAGGGUAAAUAUUUAUCUAAUACAUGACAUAUAUGUUAUUAUUUAUGGGUGGGUGCCCCUCAGGUGUGCACGCGGGCACGUGCCGGGGCUCACAAUAGAUUGAUGCUCUCUCUAUAUAGAUAUUUGACUAUUGAAUGAAUAUAAAUGAGCUUUAUCGAACUAAGCAUCAUCGAGUUUGUUCAGGUCUAAUUUGCAACACUAAGAAGUUUUCUUAGAAGCAUUGGUCCACUUGUUUCUUGCAAUAUGAAUUGGAAUAAACAUUUUCUUUUUGUAUUUGUCUAAAAUAAUAAAUUUAAAAUACUAUUAAAAAUUAGUCUUUCCUAAAUCACUUGGUUUGACUGAUCCAAAUCAUAUUUUAGACAGUGAACUUUACCCAGGACUUUUUAAUAUGGAGUCAUAUUGGGAAAGAAAUUAAUAUGUAUGCACGCAUCCUUAAGACAAAGUGGUUCGAAUGUAGAUGAAUUAAAUAGGUCUAACAAACCAUAGGAACCAAGUGAGAUCGACAAGAAGACUGAGUUAGUUGGGCUGGAUGAACAAAUCAGAUGAAUCGAGUGUGGGGCCGAG